AUCUUUUCUUCCGGAACCACUUGGUGGUUUUUGUCUCCUUACAAACACUGUACGAAGGUUCCUCCAUUUUUCUUUGCAGUUUUCCGCUAUAAGGAAUUUAUAUGGUAAUUAAUAUUUAUAUCAUAAUAAUUAGAGCUCUAAAAUGUCAUGAAAUUAAUUUUACAAUGAAUAAUAAUAGUAUUUAUACAAAUCAUAAUAUUUAAAAAAAAAUGAUUUUCAGAUAUUUGGCUACAGGUUGCAAUUUUAGUGCCUUGGCAUUUUAUUUUGCGAGAGGUAAUAACACUGUCAGUAAAAUCGUUGCUGACACAACAAGAAAUAUAUGGGAAUGUUUAAAAGAUCUAUAUAUGCCAGUACCAACUGCUGAAAAAUGGAAAACAAUAGCUGACAGAUUUCAAGAUCUGUGGAAUCUCCCAAACUGUAUAGGUGCUAUAGAUGGGAAGCACAUCAGAAUACAAAAGAUUCCAAAAUCUGGUUCAUCUAAUUUUAACUAUAAAUCGUACCACUCGCUGGUACUUAUGGCGAGUUGUGAUGCAGAUGGUAUAUUUACAACAAUUGAUGUUGGUCAGGCAGGGAGAAAUAGUGACGGUGAAGUUUUUAGAGCUUGUCGUUUAGGCCGAUGGUUAGAUAUAAAUGGUCUUGAUAUACCAACAGGCAUCAAAUUACCUCACGACCAAGGGGAUAUACAAAUGUUUCCAUACUAUUUUGUCGCGGAUGAAGCAUUUCCUCUUAAGUCCUAUUUGAUGAGGCCUUAUCCAAGAAGAGUACUUGAUAACAAAAAGAGAAUUUUUAAUUAUAGAUUAAGUAGAGGAAGAAAAACAAUCGAAUGUGCUUUUGGGAUGAUGGCUAGUAAAUUUAAGGUACUAAGUACACCAAUUUUAUGUGUAAAUGAAGAAACAAUAAGCAGUAUUAUACGAUGUAUGUGUGUAUUACAUAAUUUUAUUCGGAUUAGAGAAGGUAGAGCUUAUCAACCGCAGUACCAUAAGGAAACUGAAAUGAAUAUGAAUAUUGGAAUGAAUUUGGAAUUAGAAAAUGAAAACAACAAUUUACCAACCAGAAAUUCGGCAUCCGGACUUAGAGAUUAUCUGUCUAACUACUUCAUACAACCACAAUCUGCAUUACCUUGGCAAUGGAAUUAUUGUACAUCGUAAAAUAAUAGUAUUUAUCUUAUAUAAUAUUUUUUUUUUUAUAAUAA